AUGGAAGGAUUCAUUGAUAAAUGUUCAAUUAAAGAAAAAGAAGAACUAGACAAAUAUUUAUCUCUAGUAAUUUUUGGUAGUGGUCUCCCCUUAUCAAUUGUAGAAAAUCAAAGUGGACAAACAACUGUAACAAAUCAAUUAUUAAUUUCAUGGUUACUUUACCAAAAACCACUAUUUUGGAAGGCAUUAGAAACCAAAGAAUCAUCACACACUGCUGAAUAUAUCUCAGAAAAAUUAGAAGAAGUAAUUAAUGAAGUUGGCCAAGAUAAAGUUGUUGCAGUUUUGACUGAUAAUGCAGCCAACAUGAAAAAGGCUCAUAAGAUUCUUAAUAAUAAAUUUAACAAAAUUAUUUUUAUAGAUUUACCAUGGGCAAAAGAAAUUAUAGAUUCUGUCAAAGAUAUUGUUAAAUUUUUUAAGAAACAUCAUAUUGAAGGGUCAUGUUUAAAUAGAAUCCAAAUUGAAAAAAUUGGUAAAAGAAUACAAUUGCAAUUACCUGGUAAUACACGUUGGGGCUCUCAUAAUUUCUGUUUAAAUUCAAUAAUUGCAAAAUUAAUAUCAAAAUUAGUUGAUACCAAUUCAUUUUGGCCAGCAACAGAACUUUUAUGUUCUUUUUUAAAAUUAUUUGUUGAUAUGUUUAAAAUAUUUGAAAGUGAUAAACCAAAUUUAUCAUCAGUGUAUAAUGAAUUUAUUAUUCUUGGGAAUGAAAUUUCAAAAUCAACAAUUCCUAUCAAAGAUGAGGUUUUGGAUAUUUACAAUCAUUAUAAUGAAAAAUUAUAUCAUCCAGCCAUUGCUAUUGCUUAUUUUUUCGAUCCUAGAUAUAAAGGCAAAUAUCUACCAGAUAGAAUUUCAAGUAUCUCAUAUAUAGUUGAAGAGACAGUCAAACUUACUGAUAAAGCAAAUAUUGGAAAAUUAACUAAAGAGAUUAUGGAAUAUCAUGCCAAGUCUAGUCGGUUUAGUUCAAAUUUUUUGUGGUUAAAAGAAGCAAUUGAGGAACCAAUCACUUGGUGGACAUCUCUAGAGAAAGAUGUUCCAAUUUUAAGUCAGGUUGCAAUAAAAUUAAUGAAAAUACCUGCUUCUUCUGCAGCAUCAGAACGUAAUUGGAGUGAUUUUGAUUAUCUAAUUCAUAUGAAAAAGGAUUGA